CCCUAUCUCCCUCCCAUUUGCACAUUCCUCAAACCCUAGCUAACUUUGCACAUCUCUUGGCAGCAGCCGCUAGGCAUUCCACACAGCUAUCUCCAGAUCCCUCAUUUCAGAGAAAAAGCCAUGGCUUCAGAGCAAGCUUGCACUCUCGCUUGUUUGAUCCUCCAUGACGAUGGUAUUCCCAUCACUUCGGAGAAGAUUGCCACAUUGGUGAAGGCAGCAAACGUGAACGUUGAAUCUUAUUGGCCAAGCUUGUUUGCCAAGCUUGCCGAGAAGAGAAACAUUGAGGAUCUCAUUUUGAACGCUGGGUCCGCCGGCGGUGGUGCUGCAGUUGCUGUUGCUGCACCAGCUGCAGGUGGUGGCGGCGGUGCAGCUGCCGCUGCUCCUCCACCUGAGGAAAAGAAGGAAGAACCAAAGGAAGAGAGUGAUGAUGAUAUGGGAUUCAGCUUGUUUGAUUAGGAGCUGUUUUGUUUUAACUGGAUUUGUAUUUUUAAGGGUUUGACCCUAUCGAUGUAGUAGUUAUUUUUUUUUUGUUAGUUACAAGUUUCAUCUUCUAAGGACGAAGUGAUGAGAAGUGAAGUGUGUUUUUGAACGUUAUGCGAUUGUGUUUUUGAAGAUAUGUUAGUAUUUCAAUAUUUUUAGACAAUAAUUAACUUUUCUUUCUGUUAUCCA